AAAAUUUUAUUCGAAACUUUUGUUUAAAUCUGACUCCUAGAAUAACUAAAAUGAGCUAUAUUGAUAAAAGGUGUAGGAUUUGUCUUCAAGAUGGAGCCUCGUAUCCUAUUUUUGAAAAAAUUGAGAAUUUCAAACAUAAUAACAUCCAAUCUAAGAUUUCAACUUGUUUGCAUGUUACCGUUGAAGAUGUAGAAGGAUAUCCGCGUCAAAUAUGUAAUAAUUGCAACGAAACUUUAGACAUACUUUGGAAUUUCAUAAAUGUAUUUAAAGAGAGCUGCAAGGCAUUAGAAAAUAAGUUACUUCAUAUAAAAAUGGAGAAUGAAUCUAGUAGUAAUUAUGACUCGGAUUUUCAUUCAGCAGUUCACAUUAAGGAGGAGUCACCAGAUCUUAGGGAUUUGGAUGAAAAAACAUCAAUAACAACACAAGUUAAAGUCAUAAGUACACAAAGUAAAGAAAAAAAAUUGGUUAAAAAGGUGCCUAACAAACAAAAUGAUGGAGACAAAAGGAAUACAGUAGCAUCUUCAAUUUUAGAAGGUGAAUUUACUUGGAGUGGAGAACAAUGGUGUUUAAAUAAAAAAAAAGCUGCCAAAACUGCAAUCCAACAAACUAAAAGGAAAUCACUGCAAGUAAAAAAGAAAAACACUCCAAAGGAAAAGAAACCACCACCUCCUAAACUCUGUGAUUUGUGCGGAGAAGUGUUUGAACAGGACAAACUAGUUGCACAUAUGAAAAGGGUCCAUUUAAACAACCCUGCUAAAUGCCCCGUAUGUUCACGAAUUUGUUCCUCUGAGUAUUACUUAAAUCGCCAUAUGCAAAGAAAACAUCAAGAUAAUAAGAAAUAUCAGUGCAAAUCUUGUGAUAAGUCUUUUGCAUUUGUUGGUGAAUUGCGAAGUCAUACUAGAUAUGUUCAUGAGAAGAUAAGAAGAACACCUCAAAUAUUCCCUUGUGAUAUGUGUGAAAGAACUUUUAAAUGUAUGCAAUCACUUACAAUACAUAAACGAUCUGUUCAUACAGGUGAGCGACCUGAAACAUGUUCUGUUUGUGGCGCCAGUUUCUACCACAUUGUAUAUUUGAGAGAGCACAUGCGACUCCAUACAGGUGAAACUCCAUACAAAUGUCCCAUUUGCGACCGGGGUUAUGCACAAAGAGGAAAUAUGAGGAGUCACCUUCGGAUCCACAGGAAGUCCGAGUUAGAUGCUGCUACGUUGAGUAAAAUAAAGCCAAGACUUCUUAGAUUUCUUAAAGCUUAGAUAUAUCCAUUUAUUAAAUUAUUUUUUUAUAUUGUUAUAAUUGCAAAUAUUUUAUUAUU